UAACAAUUAAUAAUUGUAUGAAUAAAACUGUGCUGUAACCCCUUUUUUUUUCAUAAAUAUUGUGAAGGCUAAAAAAUGUUCAAUUCAUUAAGUUGAAUAUUGAGCUGCAAGUAAGGAGACUACAGAUUUUGGUAAAUGAGAUACAGCAGAACAUGAGGACCACCAACGAACUAAGAUUUUUUUUCCCAUAGAAAAAGGCAAAAAGAAAAAAAAAAGUGAUAAAAAACAGAAGAGUGUGGGGGAAAGUAAGGGAGAAAAAAGUGAAGUGAGAUAAAUAAUCAUUUUGUCAUUGAGAGGGAAAAAAGGUGAAUCGUUUGUUGAGUUGGAAGAACAUCUGACAGCAGAGAAAGUUAAGAAUAUUAGUCUGUGUGUUUUUCUUUCCGUGAUUGUGGAGCACGUGACAAAGUGUAACCGCUGAAAUUAGAAGCGACGUCAGAAAUAACAAAUAAGCUUUUGCUAUGUUACAACUCAGUUUUUUCUGUCAAUGAUGGUAUUUUAUAUUCUCAAGGGAGCGCCCCACUUUCAAUGUGAUGCUGCAUGAUCCACUUGCAAGAGAAUAACAUAAAAUUCCUUCUUAGCCGUUUGAAAGAGACCCAUAACUUCCUUUCCUUUUCUUUGGUUAUACACUCUUUAGUCUUAAUCAAUCAGCGAAGCCUCUCUUAUUUUUUUCUCCAAAAAUGGCAACAUUCAUGCUGAAGUUGGUGCUUCCUCUACUUUUCCUGUCCAUGAUUCCUCCAAAAACAGCGUAUGCGGAGUUUGAGCAAUGGUGUGUAGCAGAUGAGCAGACCACGGAUUCUGAGUUGCAGGCAGCCUUGGAUUGGGCUUGUGGGAAAGGGGGUGCAGAUUGUAGCAAAAUCCAAGUAAACCAACCAUGCUAUUUACCAAACACAUUGAAAGGCCAUGCUUCUUAUGCCUUCAACAGCUACUAUCAGAAGUUCAAGCACAGUGGAGGUUCUUGCUACUUCAGAGGUGCUUCCAUAACAACAGAAGUGGAUCCUAGUUAUGGUUCUUGCCACUAUGACUUCAUUCCCUGAUGAAAACCGUGAAUGAAGACUUAAAAUAACUGCAGCAAAAACUAUAGUUCGUGCCUUUGUGUGUUUGUGUCACAAACUCCCAAUCAAGCAAUUUUUUUGUGGACUUUUUCUUGUAUUAUUGAUAGUGCUGAAAUCUUACAUUGCACUUGAUCUCAGUCGAAGGCUGGAAAGUCAUAAAACCUUUUUAUCUUGUCUAGCAAACUAGUUAUCUUACAAAACUAAAUUAAGUUUUUCCAACAUUAAUGUUGGUGUAGUACAAUUGAACUCAGUUUUCUAACAAGGUAUUAUGUGUUUGUCUAA